CUGCUUGAGUUCAGUCAUGCGGACGAUUCCCAUUUUCCCUGUCGAAUUAAUCAAUUGUGUAGCUUCUGGGUCAGAUAUUUCACAUUGUAGCGCCACUCGCUGAUAACAAAUCGGACGAAAUGGGCUCCCCCUCCGCUUGCAUCUCUCCCACACACAGCGGCACGCUAGUUAACGGCGCUGGCUAGCUAACGUUAGCAAUGCUGCAAACGCCUCAUACAUUGUAAACUAAGUUGUCAAUCUGACUGGCACAAGGACAUUGUUCGUCAGGUGAAACUAAGUGGACAACGUUAAAGGGGCUCCAUAGCACUUGGAUCUGUUCUUCUCUGUCCCAGGUUCAGACUGCGUGGUCUAUGGCUCUGAUGGACAAACACAAACAGGUCAAGCGGCAGAGACUUGACCGCAUCUGUGAGGGUAUCCGACCCCCCAUCCUGAACGGGCCAAUGCACCCACGGCCCCUGGUUGCCCUGCUGGACGGGCGCGACUGCACUGUGGAAAUGCCCAUCCUCAAGGAUGUGGCCACAGUGGCCUUCUGCGAUGCCCAGUCCACACAAGAGAUUCAUGAGAAGGUGCUAAAUGAGGCAGUGGCUGCUCUUCUCUACCACACCAUCACUUUGUCCAGAGAUGACUUGGAAAAGUUUAAAGGCCUGCGCGUGAUUGUCAGGAUUGGCUCCGGCUUCGACAACGUUGACAUCAAAGCAGCUGCUGAGCUAGGCAUUGCAGUCUGUAACGUGCCAGCGUCUUCAGUGGAGGAGACAGCCGACACCUCGCUAUGUCUGAUCCUCAACCUGUACAGGCGAGUCACCUGGAUGCACCAGGCCCUCAGGGAGGGAACCCGUGCCUCUAGUGUGGAGCAGAUCAGGGAGGUAGCUGGCGGUGCUGCACGUAUCCGCGGUGAAACGCUGGGCAUUAUCGGCCUAGGGCGCGUUGGCCAAGCGGUGGCUCUGCGGGCUAAGGCCUUUGGUUUUGGUGUGAUCUUUUAUGACCCCUACCUGCCUGAUGGUGUGGAGCGCUCACUGGGCUUGCAGCGCAUGGCCACUCUGCAGGAUCUGCUUAUCCACUCUGACUGUGUUUCCCUGCACUGCAGCCUCAACGAGCACAACCACCACCUCAUUAAUGACUUCACCAUCAAACAGAUGCGUCAGGGAGCCUUCCUGGUGAACACGUCAAGAGGCGGUCUGGUUGACGAGAAAGCGUUGGCUCAAGCCCUGAAAGAAGGCCGGAUACGAGGGGCUGCCCUGGACGUGCAUGAGACAGAACCUUUCAGUUUUUCGACAGGCCCUCUGAAGGAUGCCCCCAACCUGAUCUGUACCCCACAUACAUCCUGGUACAGUGAGCAGGCGUCCGUGGAAGCUCGUGAGGAGGCAGCCAGGGAGGUUCGCCGCGCCAUCACUGGGCGUAUCCCUGACAGUCUGAAGAACUGUGUCAAUAAGGAGUACCUGAUGGCAGCCUCUCAGUGGCCCAGCAUGGAGGCAGCCACUGUUCACCCAGAGCUUAAUGGAGCCACUUACAGAUUUCCCCCAGGUCUGAUCAAUGUUGCAGCAGCAGGGGGUCUCCCAGGAGCGGGCGCGGGGGUUGAGAGCCUUGUUACAGGAACCCUGGCACACGGCAUCGCCCCUGUCUCCCACCCGCCUCAUGCCCCCUCUCCUAAUAAGGCCGAAGCCGACAGAGACAUCCCCUCCGACCAAUAGCCCCCCCUGCCGCCGCCAGCACAUUCCGUCGCCUCUGGAAACCACCCCCUCCACCUCCCAGCAUCAGACACAGCCCGACCCUCCAGUACAUCGGCAGCGCCAGUUUGACCUGAUGUGGAGCUACACAGUCUUGUUCCUCAGAUCACACAUAACCAGCCCAGGAGUGACCUAUCCACAGCUAGCCCCAUCCCAUCCACACCCCAGGAACACACACAUCCCUCCAUCCUCGUCCUCAUCUCCCCCACUCACCUGCCAUCCCCUCCCCCUCCCUUCACUCCCCCACAACGUCAGCAAUAACUGUGUUCUCAAGGAUUCAAUGAUUGGAUUGGUUUAUAUCCUUAGUUGGCUGUUGUUUUAAUGGAAAGUUGACCUGUUGUGGAUCUAGGUGUUAUUGUUUGUUUGUUUGUAAAAAAAAAAAACAAAAAAAAAAAAUAGCAUUUCUGACAUGAGGCUUUACAGUCUGCCGCCUCCUGCAGUCCUCUGACUCUGACCGGUAGAGGCACAGAGGCAGAAAGGUUGAAGCCCCCCUUUGUACAUUAAUGGCUCAUGUUACUGCUCUCUUCUUCUUCUUCUUCUUUUUUUCUUUUCUCUCUUCCCUCCCCCUCCACCUUUCUUGUGAGGGGGGAAAAUGUGUACUAAAGUGAACCAGACAGAAUCACAAACCGUACAUCCUGUCCUCCCCACCAGGCGUCCAGCUACCCCUUAGCCCAGUUUGGCCCUUAGCUCUCCCUGGUACUGUCGUCCGCUUGCUCAGCAGAGGGAUCCAUUAUGCCGUCAGCGUGGCGCUCUCUCAGACUGUCAGAGUGUAUUAUAUCUGCUCGGCUCAUACUUCUGAUGGUGAUACCCGGCAUCCUUUGUCAGUUUUAGGGCCCCUGUAUUUACACAUGCUUCGCCCCCUCGUGGGUUGUUUUGUAAUGAGAUAAUAGUGUCAUAUCAGAGAGCACCGAGGCAUCAUCUCAUGCCAGCAGCUGGAGUGCUAUAUGUGUGAGGUCUUUACACGUGGUGCCCACACAGAAUAGAGUUCAGCAGCUUUUCUCUGGCUGGAAAGGCGACAGCAUGCCAGCAGAGGGCGCCGUCUGACCGCACAGAGCUGAGAGACUUGCACGCAGCUAAUUUCAGUCUGACAGUUACAGGUUAGUUGUAGUGAUGAAGAACAUGAUCACACACUGCCAACGUUCAGAACACAGGAUGGGUGAGCAGGGAUCGACUACCGCCUUAUUGUUUAACAAGAUCUCACUGCACCCCACCACCAACCCUGCACCAACCCACCCACCCUCCACUCCUCUCCCACUGUCAUGGCCCACCCUACACAUCGCUCAUGAACCAGUAUGCAUCCACCAAUUCCUUUAAGCGUGAGAGGACAGUAGAGUCUAGAUUCCCUGUAGGAGCAACGGGACAGUGUUCUUGCAUGCUGGCUUUGUUAAUGACAGUGGUGUGUGUGCGUGUGUGUAUGUGUGGGUUUGUAUGCGUGUCUGUAUGUUCCCUCACCCUGUUAUGAUAACAAGCUAUUGUCUUUCCAAAGGAAUAGUCCCUAGGAGUAACUCUUUAACGCUGUUGCCCUGGUGUCAAGGGAACACCUUUCUAGUACCUCAGUAACAGAUAUUGAAUGUACCGUGCAUACCCUUUUAUUUUUUGUACAGAUUUUCUAGAUACUUCUUUACUAUUCUUUACCAGAAGGGUUGUGAAAUUGUAGCAGUAAUGAUACAAUAAAAAAAAAAAGAAGCAUUGCCCCAUGAAAUGAAUUGACAAAAUCCUCGUAGGUUCGCUAUAGGUCACUGAAUACUCAGGCUUCGAAACCAAUGCGUAUCUCUUUGCCUUUACCUUUUAUUUCCUCAUUGUGGAAAAAUUCAGCACAACGCUUUCCCAUUUUUAGACUUCAGGCUGUAGUUGACGUGUUUCGACCUCCAUCUUACUGGCUAUGGAAAAAAAAAAGAAGGAAAAACAAAAGGCGGUCGUCGUGGUCUGCUAGUUUUUGUUUUUUUUUUCUUUACUAGAACAGUAGUAGUAGAUGCAGUUUUGUUUUAACACCCCCCUCCCCUCAUUGUCAGGCUGCUCUAUCUAUAGUGCAUGUGAGGUAAUUUUUUAGGGGAAAUACUAUUGGCUUAAAGAAUUUGUGUCAUCUUGCUGUUUCUCUCUGCUCCCCGGCCUUUCCUGCCCCUCAGAGUGUUUUCAACCCGAGUUGCCAUUUUUGUCGUGGUCAGUUUCCAGUGAUGUACAGUUUUCCCUCAGAGUCUAUGAGAGACAUGGAGCAUGUCUGUGUCCUGAGAUGCUAGGCUCCUCUGUCAUGUGAUGAGUAUAUAUUUUUUAAAAAAUAACCCCCAUAGUUCGGAUUAUGAGCAUAAUAGUAAUCUUAAAUUUUGCUGUUGAUGAUGAUGAUUAUAUAUAUAUUUUUCAGUUCAGCAGUGCACUGUUAUGAAAACCAUUCUGUUUUAUUGUAGGAUUUCAUUUUUAUGAAUAUGCUGUCUGUGUUCUACAUGUUGUACUGAAACAUUUCGGAGAAAAAACGAGAUCCCUCUCCUGGUGUUUUUUUUUUUUUCUUCUUCUUCUUUUUCUUCUUCUUAAAUUCGUCUUAUCCCAACUGUCUUUUCCAGCUGAUCUCCUCUGGGCCUUACUUAUUCUCUCCCUGUAAAAAAUAGCUGUUAUAGAAAGUCGCCAUGGAACCACUCACUGCCUUAAUACAGUUGACCCCAGCAGGUGAAGUCAGGAGACACAUCCAGUGGAAAAAAAAAAAACAGGCCGCUCCGCAGAAAGCUCCUCACACCCCGACAGGCCUAAAUCUGCAGCACGUUGCAUUUCUUUUUCACUGAUGAACCACAUUUAGCCUCGCGUAGAGAGUUUGUUUUGGGCUCAAACGCAUAAAUCCAGUGUGAAUUCUUACUGUGCAUUAUUAAUAAGAUGUUUUUCUUUUCUAACUUUGGAUAGUUCACGUCAGCCCGGCAGUGUGUACGUGCGUAGGCUAACGAAUAAGCACAGUGUGUAUGCUCACAAAGCCACAGCUGAUAUUUCACUCUUGGGUGUGAGAAUGCCUCCCCACCCACCCACCACCACCACCACCAACACCACUCGGGGGCUCUUAAAGCGUCUUUGACACUGCUGCCAGAGCCCCAGUGGGGCUGGGUGGGGGAGGGCACAGCGGACACUGGUGUGGUCUGUCAAAAAAAAGAAAAAGAAAAAAAAAAGAAGCAGAAAAUUACGGUGAGAAUUGAUCACUUCUUCUCUCUCAGGGUUCAAAUGCACACAUAUCCUCUAGCAGUCGCCCUGUGUCUCGUGUCCCUCGUCCCAAGUUUUCCGCCCUCACAAUGUAGAACAGCCUCCUCCGUUUUUAGAAACUGCUCUCCCGUCGUUCCCCCUUUUGUGCACAGGUCUGAACUUUUUUUUUUUUUUUUUUUUUUUCUCCCCCCCCUGUUUCGCUUUCUUUUGGCACUGACAUCUAACCAUCUAACAAGGAAUGAAUGAAUGAAUGUUUGAAAGUGACUGUGUGUAAUGUUAAAAUUGGGAAAUGUAUUUUUACAACAUGUGAACAUUUUUUUUUCCACUCACUCUCAUUGUGAAUUUUUUUUU